CGGGGCUGAGUGUGAGGCACAUGGCCAGUGAAUGAGAGAUCUUUGCGUCCUCUCAGCGCGAGCUCCUUGUUCCACUGUCUCCUCUCUCUGUGGUUGGAUUACUGCUGAGGAAGGACCUUGUCUGGAUACUCCUCCUUCUCCUCCUCUUCUUCUCCUUCUAUUCCCUUUCUCCUCUACUUCCCUCCUUUCUCUGUCUCGCUGAGGGACUCCAGCUCUCUGCCUUCCCUAAAAGUCUCACCUCUCAUUCUCCUUUCACUCCCCUCUCCCCUGGUUUCCCCCCUCAGGAUGUCGUGUGAGGAGGCUCAGCUCCACAAAGAGAGGCUGCAGGCCUUGGCGGAGAAGCGAAAACGGCAAACUGAGAUUGAAGACAAAAGAAGUCAGCUCGAUGACCUGGUGCUGCAGCUACAACAUCUCAAGUCCAAAGCCAUGCGCGAGCGAUGGCUCCUCCAGGGGACGGGAGUGGAGGAAGAGGAGACACGGCGGAAACAGCUGGAACAGGAUGAAGAACAAGGAAAGCGGCUGGAAGACAUGAUACAUAGGCUGGAGUCUGAAAUUGGUACGCUUGAGAGUGAAGAGUCUCAAAUCUCGGCCAAAGAGCAGGUGCUACGGGAACGCCUGAAAGAGACGGAGCGCUCGAUAGAAGACCUGCAGAAGAGUCUGAUGAUCCAGGAUGGAGAUGCCAUCGGCUGCAUGUCCGCCCCUUUCUCGGACUGCACGGACCCCGAUCCCAACCACCUCGUCCUGGCCACGCAGCCCCGGACCGGCCCACCUGCCUCUGGAGAGCACGCCAUACCAAGACCUGCAAUGUUUGCCAUGGAGAUCAACGUGCAGCAUGACCCACAGACUGGCGAGCAGCGUAUCCUGUCAGCCAACCGCGUGAGCCCGCUGGAUGCGGCAUCACGUGGCGUCAAAGUCUACGACGAUGGCAGGAAAGUUGUCUAUGAGGUCACUUCCUCUGGAGGUGUGUCCACCACCACCGUUGAGAAUGGUUGGAGCUCAGCGCAGGUUGACCAGCUGAUCCAGCGAGCUGCCAGACCUGCUGUACGAGGAGAAGAUGGCGGGAAAGGUCAGGUGUUGGUGACCUCAGCUGCCCCGCAGGCCUAUGUCUCCCCCGCAGAUAUAGAUGAUCUGUCCCCACCCUCCUGCGCCCCGCCAUCCAUCCCUUCAAGCCCGCCAGCUCAGGUCACCCUCCAGAGGGAGACUCGUCUGGGAAUGAUGCCCCCCUCCUCUGCUCCAAUCACGACCCAGCCCAGUUCCACAGUCCACCCAGGCGAAGAGCUCUCCUCCCCACCCCAAGCCAGUGCAGAGCACCCAGUCACCAUGGUGUUCCUCGGCUACCAGGACGUUGAGGACACGAGCGAGAGCAGGCGGCUGCUAGGCUUUGAUGGUGCCGUGAAGGCCGAGGUGGUUCUAAUUGACGAAGACGACGAAAAAUCUCUGAGGGAGAAGACAGUCACUGACCUAUCCAUCAUCGACGGCACAGCGGCAGACCUCGUGUCAGGGCGGCCAGCCACAUCUGAGGGCGCCAGCACAGAACUGUCAUCUGACGGCCGUGAGCCCGACAGCACCUCCUCACCCCCAGCGAAUCCUGAUGCCACCACACCCCCCCCGUCUGGCCUCACCCCCGCCACAGGCUACCAAACACCAGGGGUUGCCGUGACAACAGCAAAUGGGUAUCAAGCUCCAAUUCCAACCAGACAUCCUCACACUGCCAUGAAAUUGUGGCGGGCAGCCGAUGAUGUCAGUGACACAAUACCGAAAGAGCGAGCCCUGAAGAGCGUCAGUUUCCAGGAAUCGGUCAGCGUUAUCACUGACAGGCCCGUAACCAUGGAACUGGAGAGCCAGCAGAUCCAACAUGGCUGCUUCAACAGCCCCGGUAACGGACCCCACAAUGCAGUUGGUGUGAAAGUAGAGACUUCAGACAAUGAGGUGGUGCAGGAGAUCUGCUACCUGGACCAGGUGUUAGAUGCCGCCUCAGAAACACCCACAAAUGGAAAUUCCUCCCCAUCUGAACCAAUCACCAUAGAUGGAAAUUCUCCUUCUGUAUGCGUGUCAGCCUCCUCUCCUGUCAAUCACCAGUCAAUCAUUGUGGAGGGACAGAGACAAACAACCUUCCUCCACGGAGAGGAGUCCCCUGUGAGGACCAACGGGCAUGUGCAGGCCGAUGAGUCGGGCCGCAGCAGGGCCAAGUUUGAGCUGAGAGCAUUUCAGGAGGAGCGACGGCCUGCAAAACUCUUCACCCCUGGAGAGGAGCAGCAGGUCAGAGUGACGAGGAGACGACCCUCAGAGGAGGUACAGGAGUUGGAGCGUGAGCGUCAGGAGCUGAUCAAAGACCAGGCAGUGAAGAAAAACCCUGGCAUCGCCACGCGCUGGUGGAAUCCUCCUCAGGAGGUUCCUUUGGAGGAGCAGCUGGAUGCAGAUCAGCUUGAGUCUCUCAAGAAAUACCAGGAGAGGAAACAGCAGAAACAGACUAAUACUUAUGCAUACACACCGCCGCAGCUGUCAGGCCCUCCUUCAGUGGUAACUUUUGACCCCGAUCUAUCCAGGAAGGAAGACAUCGUGGAGAAACAAAUCGACUUUUCGUCUGCCAGAAAGCAGUUUCUGCAAGGGGAAUCAACCAAGAAGGACGUCGCUCCUCACCUGUACUCCGCCAAACCUUUCAAAUCAACAGUCAGAAGCAGCCAUGGGAGCGUUGACGUUGUUGCCGAAACUGGAGAGAGUCACGUGACCUGGUGUGACGAAGGAAUUGGAGGAGAAUUUACUUGUGCUCGAGCUGUGAUGACAAUCCUGCGUGAGGACGAGGAAAAGAGUCACUUCCACCCAGGCUAUCACCCAGAGGAGUCUGACUCAGGAUUGGACGAGUUAUCUCUCCGCUCUCAGGACACUACUGUGUUUAGCUUGGAUAAUGUUUCUGACAGCGGGGCUUCACUACCCCCGACCCCACUGCCACUUACACCUGUGUCACCGCCUACUCCCCAGCCUACCACGCCAGUCAACGGGCAGACCAGUGGCAGUCCAACAGAUAACGAGCUGCAGUACCAAGCGGGGGUACUUGUCCAAAGUGCCAUCCAAAAUGCCCUGGCAGCUCAGAAUGGAGAGGAGUGGCAGUCAUCGCUCCCUGACUUGAAUUCUUCACAGCUGAGCACCCCUGUCUCUCCAUCCUCACCAUCUACAAACAGCCCAGUGCCAGUUUCUUCCUCCCCUGUGUCUUCAGUUGGAGCCCCCAGUCUCCGGUCACCUGUGUCCUCCAGCCCUGCUCCAUCCAUCCCGUCCCCCCAGCCGGACAGGCAGUCAGAGGUGAGAGUGGUUUUCCAAGAGACAGCCUCAGAAUCACAGCAGGCUCAGCAGCAGCAACAGUCCUCCAGUCCAGCACCGCAUCUCCAGACGCCUUCUCCACCUCCCGCUCAACCCAUCUCGCCACCACAGAGACCCAAAGACGGGGGCCCCAGGAUCAAAAUCCAGUCCUCUUACGCCAGAGCGCUUGCUUCCUCAGCUCCGGCUCCAGCUCCGGCUCCUGCUACUGGCCCGACUGCAGCAGCUCCUGUAGCCAGGCCAACCCCAGUCUACCGUCCCCCUUCCCCUCCAAGCCCGGAGAAACCCGAGUUCAGCUACUUCAGUAAAUAUUCAGAGGCGGCAGAACUGCGGAGCACAGCAGCAGCAGCACGAGGCCCUGAGGCAGAGUCUGCAGCCAGCGGCCCGUUCCGCCUGCGCUCCAAGAAGCAGCGGACUUUGUCCAUGAUCGAGGAGGAGAUCCGAGCAGCUCAACAGAGGGAGGAAGAGCUGAAGAAACAGAGGGAGACGCAGCCUGUCGUCACUGCCCGACCUUCCACCACUUCCAGCAGCAGUCAUGGACCCAAAAGGACGGGGAUGAGGCCAACCACUAUAUCCCCAGCAGAUAAGAUGAAGAGCAACAGUCUGCCAAGCAGACUCACACUGACAGCAAGGACAGCACCAGGAAAGAUCGAGAAGGUUCGCCCCGCACCACCUGUCUCACCAUCACCCUCAGAAGGAGCCCUGUCUGAUGCUGGCAGCGAGGACUCUGGAGGAUCUCGACCCAAAAACUACAUGCAGACUCUCAUGGAAGACUAUGAAACACACAAGGUGAAGAGGAGGGAGAAGUUGGAUGACAACAGUGUUCUGGAGGCCACGCGUGUCACCAGGAGAAAAAGCGACAUGGCGCUGAAGUGGGAAGCCGGCAUCUACAACAAUGAGGAUGGAGAGGAAGAAGAGGAAGAGGAAGAAGAGGAGGAGGAGGAGGAGGAGGAGGAGUAAACUGCUCCUUUUGGAGACAGUUGGGGACUGAGUGGAAAGGAGGAGGAAGAGGAGACUGAAGGAAAAAGCAAAUUGGAGGAGAGGAGAAGGAAAAAAACAGACAUGGAAAGACACAGUAUUUAUUCUACUAAUAGUAUUCUGAUGAUCACAUGACCCACUGGCUCGACCAAUGGGAGCUCACCGAGGAGGUGAAGCUGUGAUGUUAUUGGACCUGAAGAUUGAAGGCAGUAAGAGUAUGUUAAGUAUGUGAGAGACAUUUGAAGUGUUGAGGUGAGUUUGGAGAGGAAGGAUCAGUGACGCAAGAGACACUUUGGAAGGUUUUACGGUGGUUUAAGAGGAGUUUAAAUAUUAUUAUUUUUUUUUAUGAGCUGAUAGACGCUGAAUGAGUUAAAUAUUCAUAGGAUUUUCACUUUCAUUAUUGAAAUAGGGGCUGAGAUCUGAAGAUUUUAUUUGGAGAGGUUGCCUGAGACUUUUUGAGGAGGGUUUCGGUGACUGUGUGCUUGAUUAUGACGCCAAUCACCAAUCCUGAUGUAUUAGUGAGGCCUCAUCACACACGCUACUUUCAGAAUCGACUUGCAGGGAGACAGGGAUUUGAACCAAAUGGAACCAUUUAUUAUGUGCAUCCUGCAGUGCCACCGCACAGACAUAACACACAACAUGUUAGUUGGAGCUCUUGCAUUACCUUCAGGCAUCUGCAGUUCAUUAAAUCUCUCUUAAGUGCCGACUUGAAGGUCAGCAUCCUUCAACGCUCGUGAGGAAACUUGCAAAACUGACUUCUGAUUAGCAUCGACUUUGCCUUAGACCGUCUGUAAUAGUUGGAUGCACGAUAUGUAUGACGUAUUUUAUCUUCUAUCCCGUAUUGCUACAGAUUCGGUAGAGGAAAUAAGCAACCACAUUAGAUAGAAAGUCUGUCCGCAAACACUAUUCUGGACCAGCAGGGAGGAGGGGAGCUAACUGCGGGUCAUGUUUGCGUCACUUCAGCGCGCGUGUGUGUGUAUGAAUUUAAAGGGCUGGGUCGGGGGUUUUAUAUUCUAACGAAAAAAUCACUUAUUCUACUUUUUGCUGGCUAUGUCGCUUUGUUGACUUGUGCUUUCUGAUGUAAGCAGUUGUUCCAUGUAUUAUACUGAGGUAGGACUGUGUAUUUGAUAUAUGAACAUGUACGUUGAGAUUCCAGUAUCUGCUAUACCUUGCUAGCUGAGGAUAAAGCGUGAUGAAAAAUGUUGAAAAAAUGCUUUUUAUAAGAAGUUGUUACAACAAAACAGAAUGUUAUUUAGAGAAAAUGAGUCAGCCUAAGCGUUAUUUAAGAAGUACUAAUUGUAUGCAGGGAAUUAAACUCCUUUCCUAUUUGUUAACACAACACGCAGUGAAAUAAAAGCUUUGACUAUCAGUAGAAAGGCUCACUAAGAGGCAGGGUUGACAGGGAGUUCAAUUUUUAUUACAGAAUUUAAAGUGUGCUUUUGUUUUGAAGGACAACAAAAGUCCACAGGAUGAUGUAAUUUUUUUUGUUUUGUCAAAAGAAUGAAAAGUUACUGCAUUACUGGCCUCUGUGAGCGUGACAAUACUGUGGAUUUGUCCAGGUGUAGAAAACAAGGUUCAGCCUCAAAAUAGCCAAAACGAAAUAUUAGAAAUGAGUUGGAAAACGUGUGGCUGCAGAUAGAGAUAUUUUUAAACCACUUUAACCGAACUGUAGUAAAAUAGUUCUACUCUUCGGUCUCUGUUCUCCUAAUAAUUAAAGCCAUUUGAGAUUUUUUUUUCAGCAUCAGAAUGUCAGGAGGACGGUGAGGAAGGUUUUCCUGUACACAAAAGGUCACAAGUCCUGUCCAAGUGUCCUUCAACAAAGCUCCGACCUGUUUUCUCACAAGUCACACUGAAUAAUAAUAAAAUCCUCAGCUAAUUGUCUGAAAUAUAAAUGUACCCUGAGGUAAACUUGCACAAAACAUAAAGAAUGACACGCAGUCACCCUCAACACUAAGUAAUGAUUCUUUAUUGUAUUUAUUAGGACAAUCCUAUCCUGUAUUAGAGUGCAGGGCAAGUUUCUCUUGGCAAAUGAUCUGACUUGGCUGUCUUUCAGUUUUGCUGUGUGAGGGAACCGCAGUGUCAAUAAGUCCACCAGCCAGAAGUGAGAACCAGGAACUUGUGCCUAUAGGUGAUUUGUCAUUUCCCCUGAGAAGAAAAACCCACAUUGAUUCCAGAGAGUCCUUGUUUUUAUAUACAUUUAAUAAUAUAUGAGAUAAAAAAAAAAUAUUUAAAGGACUAGUGUCCCAUUUUAAAAAAAAGAAA